AUGGAGAUGGUGGCCGCGGCGGCGACGAAGGACGCGAAGAGGAAUGGGGGCGCCCCGGAGUGGCGGGUGACGGUGCCGGAGGGCGCGUCGGUGACGGUGGAGCACGAGCGCUGCCUGGCCGCGCGGGCGUGGGCGUGUCUGGUUUCAUGCGUGGUGGCGCUCGGGGCCAAGGUGUCUGGCUCCGGCAAGCGGCUGUGGAAGAUCGGCGCCGACGACCCCAGGCGGGCGGUGCACGGCCUCAAGGUGGGCCUCGCGCUCUCGCUGGUGUCCGUGUUCUACUACACCCGGCCCCUAUACGAGGGCGUCGGCGGCAACGCCAUGUGGGCCAUCAUGACGGUCGUCGUCGUCUUCGAGUACACCGUCGGCGGCUGCGUGUACAAGGGGUUCAACCGCGCCGCCGCCACGGUCAGCGCCGGCGCGAUCGCGCUCGGCGUCCACUGGGUCGCGGUCCACGCCGGCGGCGAGCUCGAGCCGUUCAUCCGUAGCGGCUCGGUCUUCCUUCUCGCUUCCAUCGCCACGUUCUCGAGGUUCAUACCCACGGUGAAGGCGCGGUUUGACUACGGCGUGACCAUCUUCAUCCUCACCUACAGCCUGGUGGCCGUGUCGGGGUACCGCGUGGAGGCGCUCCUGGCCAUGGCGCAGAGCCGCGUGUGCACCAUCGCCAUCGGCAUCUUCAUGUGCCUCGCCGUCUGCGUGCUCGUCUGCCCCGUCUGGGCCGGGCAGGAGCUGCACCGCCUCACCGCGCGCAACAUGGACAAGCUCGCCGGCGCCGUCGAGGCCUGCGUCGAGGACUACUUCGCGGACCAGCCGGCGGACGGCAAGCGGCCGCCGUCGGACAAGGCGGAGGGGUACAAGUGCGUGCUCAACUCCAAGGCGACCGAGGACUCGCAGGCCAACCUGGCGCGGUGGGAACCGGCCCACGGUAGGUUCGGCUUCCGCCACCCGUACGAACAGUACAAGAGCGUCGGCGCCGCCAUGCGGCACUGCGCCUACUGCGUGGAGGCGCUGAGCGGCUGCGCCCGGUCCGAGAUCCAGGCGCCCGACCACGUCAAGCGGCGCCUCGCCGGCGGGUGCGCGAGCGUGGCGGCGCGGUGCGCGCUGGUUCUCAGGGAGGCGUCCAUCUCCGUUGCCGCGAUGACGACCUCCUGGGCACUGGACUUGGCCGUGGCCGAGAUGAACACCGCCGUGCAGGAGCUGCAGAGCGACCUGAGGGCGCUACCUUCCAAGCUCGUCGAGGAGGAGUCGCCCGCGGCGGUGCUGGAUGCAGUGCAGCUCUUCACGGUGACGUCGCUGCUGAUCGAGGUGUCCACGAGGAUCGAGAGCGUCGUGGACGCCGUCGACACGCUGGCCAGCCUCGCGGGCUUCCGAUCGUCGGACGUGGAAAAAGAUGAAGCUUCUGAAACUGAAACCAAAGUGAAACAGCCAGCUGCGAGCGAUCCGGACUCGGACGAACCGGAAAAGAAACACAUCGAGCAGGUUUAA